ACGACGCAGCCUCAGACCCACGGUGGCUGAGAGGCAGUCGGUCGGCCGUUAAGGGGCCAUUUCUGAGGGACUAGUGUCAAGGAACUGUUCCUUCGGGGUCACCGCAGAGGAAGCAUCGCCGAGGAGUUGCUUCAUUUGGGAGGGGCUGUUGCUAAGGGGUCGUCUCUGGGGACCAUUCUUUAAGGGCUGUUACUAAGGGGCUAUUGCGGAGGGGUUUGGGCAACGGUUCAUUCCUGGGGGACCUUUGCUGAAGUCUCAUCCUGAGGCGUGUUUCUGGACAAGAGAGCUAGUUUCUGUCUCCCAGUAUGGAAGAACCUAUUGCCCAGUUCUCUGACGAGGAGCUGAUGGACAACUUCCCUGCCAUGGACGACGAGAGAAUCCAGUUAGAGGCUCCAGAGUUUGAGGUGGAACCACUUCCUCUGGGAUUUGAGGACACCACUGCCCUCGGAUGCAGCUGUUUAGCAAAAGAAGAGGAAGGGAACUCUGGGAAAAUGAAGAAGACAACCAUUAAAGACAAAGUCGAGGCAUUUCAUCUUCGGAAAAGCUUAAACCUCCUAGACAAACUGCAUGAGGAAAAGGACCUUUUUAUUCAGAAGACUAGAGGGGAGCUGCGUGUCUGUCGUCAGAGGAUGGACCUGCUCAACAAGCAACAGGAGAGCUUGGCGUCUGAGAUCUCCGCGGAGAGAGAAGCCAACAACAUGGCUGCGAUGGGCCGUCUCCAGGCUGCAUCCAGACGUCUACACGCAGAGCUGGAGAAUGAAAAAGAUCUGCAGUCCAAGAUCACGGCCAUGCUGAAGGACAGCGAGAAUGCCAUGUGGCACAUUGAGAUUCAGAAGGGGCAAUUUGAGGAUGUCCGGAAGCGUAAUGAAGAAGAGGCAGAAGCUAGGCAGAGUAGCCUUGAGGUGCACGCAGCUCAGCAGCUUCAGAAGGAAAAAGAAACCCUGGAGAAGGUGGAGAGGAACCGUCUGCUGAGGGCCCAGAAGUCCUUGCAUGUGCAGAAAGAGCUGGGGCAGAAACAUCAGAAACUGGUGGAAGAUGCCCAGAAAAACCACAGGAUUGCUGUGAAGUUCCUGAAGGCCUCUCUGGGAAGAAUUCGAGAGCGAGAGCAGGAGGAGGAGAUGGAGUCCCGCAAGCACAUGAAACGGCGCAUGGAUGCUGUGCUGGCGCUGAAGAACAGCAUCACUGCCAGUCGGGAAACACUAAAGAAGUUUCAAGCAUGGGGCCAGGGCAGGGCAGAGCUGGCUAAGCAGAAGGCCCUUGUAGAGAAGGAGAUGAUCCUGGCCCAAGGUGGAGACGCGUUCAAGCACCUUAUCCAUCAGCGCAGGCAGCAGGAGCUGGAAGCCCAGCAUCGGGCUUUUGAAGAGGAGCAGAAACUCCGGAAGCAGGAGAUUGUAAGUCGAAUCUUGAAAGAGGAAGCUGAGGAAGGAAACAGGAAAAAGAAACAGCACCCACCUUGUAAAGCCAGAGACGGAUGGACUCUGCGGAACAAGACCUGGAAGUACAUCUCCGACUUCUGCGAGGGGAAGCCUGCCACACCCUCCAGUCACCUGCUGGAAAGUGAGAUGGCCUUACACCCCAAGCCUACCUGUCUGCUGAAAGCCAUAUCCAGUGAGUCUGUGCAGAUGGACCUGGGGAGCAUUAGUACAGAGGAGGAGGUCCUGGCUGAACCAGAUAUCCCAGGGCUUUGGAGCAAAGAGUACAAGGCACACCAGGUGUCCAAGAAGGACAUGGAACAGAAGCCUCUGGGCGGCACCAAGAUGGACAAGGACAUCCUGGCUCGCACGAUGGAGCAGCUGCGCAGUGGGGUGGUCCAUAAGCAGGUGGUCUCUGGGAGGGAGUUCAAGGGUCGCCCAUUCAACAGCAAGCCCGAGGUCAUUCACUUCAAGGAAUUUGAUAUUGGCAAAGUGUACAAGAAGAAGAUCACAUUGAUCAAUGCUACUUACACAAUCAACUAUUGUAAGCUGGUGGGUGUGGAGGAGAACCUGAAGGACUUCAUCCAUAUUGACUUUGACCCCCCUGGUCCCAUGUCAGCCGGGAUGUCCUGUGAAGUUCUGGUCACCUUCAAGCCUAUGAUAAAUAAAGAUCUGGAAGGAAAUGUUUCAUUUUUGGCUCAGACAGGCAGCUUUUCUGUUCCACUGAAAUGUUCAACGAAGAAAUGUUCUCUGUCCCUUGACAAGGAACUCAUUGAAUUUGGCAGCUAUGUGGUGGGUGAGACCACAUCCCGGACCAUCACACUGACCAAUGUUGGGGGCCUGGGCACCAGAUUCAAGUUUCUCCCGGAUUCUGAGUUCUUUGAGAUGGAAGAACCCCAACCCAUCAUGAAAAUAAGCAGCCUCUACACCUGUGAGGACAAAAGUCUCUAUGAGAAGAUCAUUACCAGCCUCUCUGAGCAACAGCUUGAUAUCAAUGAAUCCUCCCCAGUGGACAUCCAGAGCCGAAAAGAAUCCGAGAAAGAUGAAACAGAAAUUAUACCUGCGGCCAGUGUCAUAACCAUGGCUCCCAGUGAGGAACAGGCAGAGAUAACCUUGGGAGAGGUAACAGAGGGAGAAAUCGGCCCCUUCAGUUCCGUCAAAAUACCCAUUAUCUUCACCCCAGUUAUCCCAGGAGAGGUCCAGACUAAGUUCAAGGUUAUGUUUAAGAAUUCGCAGUGUCCCACGUUAUAUUUCAGGGCCACGGGUAUUGCCGUCGAUGUGCCAGUCUGGGUGCCAAGGGCCACUGUGGACCUGAAGAUAUGUAUAUACGACCGGCUCUACCAGGACUCCAUCAUUGUCCACACAAGAUCAAAAGCAGCACUGCGCCUAAAGUUUGAAGUCUGCAAGGAACUGAGAGGCCACAUAGAGCUUCUGCCAGAAACAGGCUACAUCCAGGCCCGGUCCUCCUAUUCGGUACAGCUCAAGUUCCUGCCUCGACACUCCCUCCCUGAGGAUGCAGGGAAGUAUUUUGACAAGCACAGUCGAGUUCUGGAGGCUCCGAUGACAAUCUGGGUGGCUGACCAGAUCAAACCAGUGGAGUUCACUGUCCAAGCUGUCGUCACCACCUCAGACUUGGAAAUCAGCCCCUUGGAGAUAAACUUCGGCUACUGUACCAUAUAUGAGGCCAUCAGGACAGAAAUCAGCCUCAGCAACCUCUCACUGCUGCCCCAGGAGUUUGGGUUCGUUGGACUUCCAAAGUAUGUAGACAUCCAGCCCAAUGAUGGGUUCGGGACAAUUUUGCCGCUGGAAACUUUGCAACUUGAUGUGAUCUUCCAGCCCAUUAAGGCCAAGGAAUAUAGAUUUGAGCUGAUUUGCAAAUCCGAAAUAAACCGGUGCUUCAAGGUGUCUUGCCAAGCAGUUGGUGUCCACCCGCCUCUGGAGCUGUCCCACUACCAGAUCAAGUUUUCAGCCACGGCCCUGUAUGACACCACCGUGUCCACACUGUAUGUCAUCAAUUCGCACCUGAGCAUGAACAAACUGACCCACUCCUUGCCUCGAAUUGGGUCCGAGGAAGCCACCCCAGUGGGACCAACAUCCUUUGAGUUCUUGCUGCCCCCUGAUUCACCCAUCACCAUCUCACCAUCCGUGGGGACUGUGUUGCCAGGAAAGAAGUGUGUGGUCCAAGUGGCCUUCCAGCCUGUGCUGCCACAUGAGGUAAUCCUGAAGGAAGCCAUUCAGAUCCUGAACAAGGAAAAGGAGAACAAACCGUUCCAAAAAGAAACAGUCCAAAGGAAGGAAACGUGGAAACCGUCCAUGCCUUUGGUUCGGGUUCACAACCGGGACCGACCGACCCGGGCCUCCACGCCCCACACUCCAGAGCUGCAUAGGCAGGAGCUCAGAGUCAGCUCCCCUGAAUACCAAGCUGCACAAGCCAGCUUGGCCAGAUCCUUCCAGGGGAAGUUUGACAGGAUUGUGGUCCCCUGUGUUGUUGCCAGUGGUGACAUCAAAGACAGGAAGGCAUUGGAACCUCUGAGAUUCAGCCCCCAUAAUACUCUAUAUCUGGAACUAUGGUGUCCAGUAGUGGCUCCAUCCAUUGUGGUGACAUCCAACAAAGGCAGUAGUGUCCUUAACUUUGGUGACAUUGCUGUAGGGCAUCGAAGUAUAAAGAGGAUCACCCUCCAGAACACUUCUCCUGAGGACCUUGCUUUGGAGUUCUCAGUGCUGAGCCCCAAUGGCCCCUUUGUCCUGAUAAACCCCUCCAGGAAGCUGUGUUCUGGCGAGUCACAAACCCUGGUACUGUCCUUCUCUCCCCGUGAGAGCAUGCUGGUUCAAGAAAUCCUGGACAUCAUCACCAAGAGAGGCACUCUCAGCCUUACCCUGACUGGCACAGGUGUGGCAUCCAUGAUUACGUGCUCCAUCGAAGGCAACAUCCUCAACAUGGGCUAUGUGCUUGCCAAAGAAUCUGUCUCAACAACUUUUAAGCUACAGAAUGAAUCGUCACUUCCUAUUAAGUUCUGGAUGCAGCUGGAGAGCCUGUCCAGGAAAAGGGAUGAGACCCGGCAGCAGCUACCCAAGUUCCUUACCUCCCAUGAGCAGAGGACCGAAAUUGUUGGCACACAGAACCACAACGGGCAGAGCGUAUUCAGUGUUGCUCCAGUUGAGGGACUCAUGCAUCCUGGGAAGGCUCAAGAAUUCACUGUAACCUUCAGUCCAGACCAUGAGAGCCUCUACUUCUCUGACCUGCUCCAAGUGGUGCUCUUUGAAAAGACAGUCUCCCAUCAGAUCCUGCUGAAGGGUGCUGCCCGUGAGCACAUGAUGUUUGUGGAGGGAGGAGACCCACUGGAUGUGCCUGUGGAGUCCCUGACAGUGAUCCCUGCCUUGGACGCAGAACAUAGAGAGGCUAGAUCUCCCUCUCCAGAAGCUGAGGAGAUAAAACCCAUUCUGGUGACCUUGAACUAUGUCCAGUUUGACACAGACACACCAAUCCCACCUGCCACCCGAGAGCUGCAAGUGGGCUGUAUCCGGACUACCCAGCCAUCACCAAGGAAGACUGUGGAGUUCAGCCUGGAUGGUGUCACAUGGCUGCAGCACAAGGGCUUCUCCAUCGAGCCGUCCAGGGCUUCUGUGGAGCGUGGUCAGACCAAGACCAUCAGCAUCUCCUGGGUACCACCUGCUGACUUUGAUCCGGACCAUCCACUCAUGGUGUCAACCCUGCUGCAGCUCCGGGGGGAUGGAAAGGAAACCUACAAAGUCAUCUUUGUAGCCCAUGUGGUGGCUGGAAUCUGAGGCCACAGGAACCCACAGAGCCUCUUGGACCCUCCCACCCACCCUUGUGGGCCGGGUCAACCCAUUCCCCUAGGUCUGGAACCUGGGCAUUUCCUGCUGGGCAGGUUCAAAUGAACAGUCCCAGAGACAGAGCUCCCCAGCCCUACAGACAUGGCUACUUCCUGCUGCCCUGAGAACAACAAGACCUCCCCCCCCACCCCGCCAUACACACAAACCAAGAAAUACUAAUCCAUCCUCACACAGCCUGUUCCUAGAUGCCCCACCCCCACCCCCAGAUCCCAAACCCACCAGCAUCUCCUCAGGCUUUAGAGAUCCCAGGAGAAAGCGCAGGUCUAUCAAUAAACUCUAAGAACCAACAGUAA